AUUAAAAGCUGUCUCUCCGCCCUUGUCCGCCAGUGCCGUGCAGCGAGUGACCGAGCGUGGCCAACACCACAUUUGUCCAUCCACAAAUGGGUUGUUCGAACCAUUAAGAAGCUUCUUGUGCCAUCCGAACCUUCCACCACCAACAACAGCAUUCCAAUCUCAACAGAAGGUUCCCCUGCUUUUUACCCAGCUUGUUUUCCCCAUUUGAAGUUGAAGAUGGCAGCAAUUCCAUCAAGCGGCUCCCUCAUCGCCACCCAUGAUUACUACAGAAGGCGCAUCGGGUCUACCUCCAGCAGCAGCUCGUGUAGCAGCGCCGAGUUCUCGGGAGAGGUCAUCCCACACCACCCUGGACUUCCAAGACAAGACUCUGGCCACUGGUGGACCUCGUUUUUCUUUGCGAAACCUGGAGCCGAACCCCAAAAAAACGGAAGCUACACAGUGGCUAACGGUCAGGUGACCUGCAUCGCCAGGGAAAUGCUUCUCAAGCGACAGCUCAGCGAAAGCGCCGACGCGGGCAAGUUUGAGGCCUCGACCCCGCCUCCGCCAGCCUCUUCACCGCCCUCCUCACAGUCCUCCUAGGGGCCCUCGCCCUCAUCUUCAUCUACCGCCUACGGCUACCUCACUGCCAACUUGCCAUCAUGGUCCAGAUGGAGAUGGUGGCGGUGAAGAUAACUCACAUUUUCAGGAAAUAGCCUUUUUGUUUUUGCCUGUAUAGUUUUUAUUUGUACUACGACCAAAAAAGAAAAAAAAGAUUUUUCAUCUAUUUCUCCUUGUGUAAUAACCAUUGCUGAUGAAAAUAAAAAGAUAUAACUACAA